AUGAUCCUCGAGUCCCCUGACCUGCGGAUCUACACCUACGCCGAGCUGAGGGCGGUAACGAGGAAUUUCAGGCCGGAGACCCUCAUCGGAGAAGGGGGCUUCGGGAAGGUGUUCAAGGGAUGGGUCAACGAGAGGACCCUCAGCCCGGCAAGGAGCCGCACGGGGACGGUCGUCGCCGUGAAGAAAAUCAGCCCAGAGAGCAUGCAAGGCCUGGAGGAAUGGCAGGUUAGGCUUCUAAAGCCACAAACCUGCCCGCCUACUCUCCUCCCCGUCGUCGCCUCCGCUAACCCUUCCCUCCUCCCCUCUUCCGGAUUUGCAGUCGGAGGUGAACUUCCUGGGAAGGCUCUCACACCCGAACCUCGUCCGCCUCCUCGGCUACUGCUGGGAAGACACGGAGCUCCUCCUCGUCUACGAGUUCAUGACCAGGGGGAGCUUGGAGAACCAGCUGUUCAGAAGUACGUCGUUGACCCAGCUCCCUGUGAAUCAUUUCCUCGCCGCCCACCCCCUCCCCCUCCUCUUAGGGUUCUUCCCGGUGCGGUGGGUGCAGCGGGCCCCGUCCAGCCGCUCGGCUGGAGCCUCCGAAUGAAGAUCCUCAUCGGCGCCGCCCGGGGGCUCGCCUUCCUUCACGCCUCCGACAAGCAGGUCAUCUACAGAGACUUCAAAGCCGCCAACAUCCUCCUCGACUCGGUCAGUACUGGAAUCAUCCGCCUUCAAAAACAAAACCUCCUUUUUCGGUUAAUCAUCACCCUUGAUCUCGCAGAACUACAACGCCAAGAUCUCGGAUUUCGGGCUCGCCAAGAACGGACCCACGGGCGGGGACUCCCACGUGACAACCCGAAUCAUGGGUACCUACGGCUACGCCGCCCCCGAGUACGUCGCCACAGGUGCAUUUUCUCCCCCACUCCAACCAAUCACAGGGGUGUUUGGUACACGUCUAUUGACGCUUCGGUCACUUGGAUGAAGGGCACCUGUACGUGAAGAGCGACGUCUACGGGUUCGGCGUGGUGCUGCUGGAGAUGCUCACGGGGAAGCGGGCGAUCGACACGCGGCGGCCCAGAGGGCAGCACCAGCUGGUCGAGUGGGCGAAGCCGCACCUCCACGACCGACGGACCCUCGCCCAGAUCAUGGACCGGAGGAUGGAUGGUCAGUACUCCACCAAGGCGGCAGUUCGCGCCGCCCAGCUCACCCUGCGCUGCCUCGCCGCCGAGCCCAAGAGCCGACCCUCCAUGGCGGAGGUCGCCGACGCUCUGGAGCACAUCGAGGCCAUCAAAGGCAUCGCCCUCCGCAAGCCCAAGCCCCUCCCCGGCCGCGGCGGCGGCGGCGCCGCCCGCCGCUCGCCAUUAGAGAGAUGA